AUCCGAAUAUAUUAAGUGCUGCCAUUGCUAUUCAAAAUGUAAUGAUCGAAAGUUUAAGUUAUGGAUUCGUCGGAUGGUGUACUUGGAUAUGGAUACAAUUGAGCAAUUAGUUCUUUGGACAUUAACAGAACAAAAUAAUACAAUGAAUAAUGUUUUGGCACCUAGUGUUUGGCCCUAUGUGAAACCAAAAAGUACGUCACUACUAGCAAACGAUAUUUUGACAGAAAUCGAACAAUUAUAUUAAUAUUGUUCUCUUCUGUACAAACUUGAAGACAUCAUUGGCAGAAGAAUAACUUGAAUUUUUUCGAAAAUUUAUUGUAUCGAUUACAACAGAAAAAUCAAUUAAAAGAAAGCAAACCGAACAAUACUGAGUGAAUGCAUAAAAAAACUAAAGUAAAAUGAUUUAUUUAUUUUAGAAAUAUUAUGUGCGCGUUAAUUCUUGAUUCCUUUGAAUUUUUGUAAGGAUUAUUGUGAGGUAGAAUCAGAAAACAACAGUUUGUCUCUUAAGUCGUAAAAAACUUUCCAUAGCUCGAGAAUUUUAUUCUACUUGUGUUGUUCAUCGACGAAUUUAGAUCAUUAACAAAAUUAUGACAUGAUUCUUUUACAUUUUGUAAGAUUGAUUUCGCAUCAUUGGAUCGAAUGCACACAACAAUUUUAUUCCGAAGUAAAGAUUGUGAAAGAAAUGUAAUUUUUUCUUUAUUCUAUUUAUUCUCGAAAUAAUAUGUAAUAAAUAAAUAAAAUGAAUCAUAAGGGAAAAAAAACUUUACAAAAUAAGUUAACACUGAACAUCUAUUUGAAGAGACGUUAUGUAUGUAAAAUACAAGCAAAUGUAACUGCUUUGUUAGCUGUAAUAUUAUGAUAUUGAAAAUCUCUGCUUCAACAGUCUCUUUUCUGUUCAUCCAUCUUAUUCUUCAAUGUAACUGUAUCGAAACACAAGUAUAAUAAGUAUUUUCAGAUAUUGGUUAAGCGAUAUUUGUAACAUUGUGACUGUAUUAGCAAACAAAUCUUAUUUGUCAUUCACAUGAUAAUAAUUGCUGAAAUGGCUAAAGAGAAGUUAGGUAUGAGAUUUGUAAUACAUUCAUUAGUUAUUGUUCUUUAGUGUGACGUGUUUCAGAAAACACUCGAUUGGUAAAAGAGAGCAGUCAUCAUGUGCAUUGAUUGAUUUUAACAAUUUUAAUCAUACUGCACUGUUAUCCUAAUUCUAAAACUGAUAUGAUAUUCUACUAGGGUCUUUUUAUGAAAUUUAAUCGUGCUACUCAUUAACAAAUACAUACAAUAUAUGGAAAGCUAUUGCAAAUAUACAUUUAGGGAAUGAUCAUCCUAAACAUAUAAAAACAUUUGUUUGUUGAUCUUGUUCGUAGGAUGAUGAUCGUGAAAGAUGAUGGGUUUGACACUAUUUGACACAUUCAUGUUAGUAAGUCAAAAUCGACAGUUUACUUAUAAAUAUACUGUUUUGUAAAAAAAAAUAAACACUGUAUGUUCAAAGAUCAUAACACCAGAAAAUAUAAUGUUUUAAUCUGAUUUUUUUUUAUUUAAAGCCAUUGUUUUUCUUUUAAAAUUUAAUAAAAAUAAGAAGUGCGAUUGAUAGUUUUAUUUCUAAAUUUCAUCAUUGAAGUCGCAUAAGUAAAUAUAAUAUGCAAAUGAAAGAAAAAAAGAAAACGCAAUUUUAACACAUAAAUAUCGUUGACAUUUUGACAGAAGUUAUUGAAAAAAACAGAGAAAAAGAUUUUAUAAUUCAGUUAUUUUUUUGGCGUAGCUGAAUAAAUUUUUUAGUGUAUACAAGGCUCACUAUUGUACAAAUGCCGACAAGUAGUCAACAUUCUCUUGCAUUAUACUCUCAAUCAAUAGUUUUUCCAGAAGUAGUAAGUAGAUAAUUUUUGUUUAAGACCAACUAACAAUUCCAAAAAUUUAUUUGUUGAUUUGGAAUCAUUUUUUUUAACAAAUUUUGAUAUGCAUGUGUCUUCAGGUUUUUCAGUUUUUUGCUUUUUUUCUUUUGAAUACAUUAUUCUAGUUGAUUAAGUUUGAUAUUCAACUAUCUAAAAACAUAUUGUAUAAUAAUUCAAUUAUGAUUUAUCUAUAGCAAAAUGCAACUACAGUGAAGAAAUCCGAUGGACAAAUCGAGACCAUUAAUAUUGUUCCAGACAAAAAAAAAUCAGCAAAAUAUCAACCAAAGAAUGGUUGUAUGGAUAAUCUACGAGCAUUUUUUAGUAAAUAUAAUUAUUCUAAUAUUCAUUUAACAAAAGCAAAUAACUCAUGUUUCUCAUUUGAAUUUAUUAUAGCCAGCUGUGUUUCGCCAUAUGCUCUAUCAUCUGGAACUUGUGUAAAUCUAUUACUUGAUUUCAAUAAUUGUGGUAGUGUUUCAACCGUAUGUUCAAGUGCAUCAUACACAACCUGUACAGCUGGUGUCUGUAGCACAGUACCAGCUGUUCAAUUGACCAGUUACACUUCAAUUUGGACAGGUGGUAUUAAUGGAUCAUCUGACGAUGACAUCUUUAAUUUAACACUUCCGUUUAGUAUUACAGUUUACAGUACGACAACUAAUUUUGUUCAACUAUCAACUAAUGGUAUUAUCUGUCUAAGCAGUUGCUCGAAUAAUUGGAAGGAAACAAAUUUACCUAGUACUUCUUUCGGUACCGUAGUUUUACCAUAUUGGGAUGAUCUUUAUAUUUAUGCCAAAACUUGGCAAGGUAUUUAUUAUGCAACUCAAGGUACUGCUCCGAAUCGUGACCUUAUAUUCGAAUAUUAUACGAGUCAGUAUGGAUCACCGACUCGGUAUUAUCAGUUUCAAGUUAAAUUUUUUGAAGCUACACCUGGUGUUGUUGAAAUCCACUAUUACAAUGCAGACGACACGGGUGCUAGUUGUACUGUCGGUGUUCAAAGUUCUAACAGUGGUUCAUUUUUGCACCAUUCUUUCGAUUCAGCAGGUAGUGUAACAGCAAGUCUGAUUCUUACUAUUAACACUAAUACUGGUGCUAUAACAACAACUGGUUAG